AUGCCUCGAAUGGUCCAAAUAGAAAAGGAUGUCGAGCUGGAGGAAGCGAAAAGACAACAGAAGCAAGCCAGACGCGAGCUGGAAAGGCUCGAGCGGAAGAAGGAGGAGAUGAAGGCCGAACAAGACAGAAAGGCUGAACAGGAGAGAAAGGCAAUGGCUUUUAAAGCUCGCAAUCAGACUAAAAGCUCGCCAUCGAAAGUGGCAGAUUCCUCUCCCUAG